UGGAGGGAAUGGGGGCCUUGAUGAGUAGGGGAGGUGGCCUGGCUGGUCUAUCUCUGGCAGCUGAGGGCAGCAUGGAAGGGCUGGAGGGGGAGACCAGGAGCAGGGAGGCAGGAGGCCUGGGGGGAGGCUGGGGUCUGAGGGGGAAACAGGGAAAGGAGCAGUGCAUUCUGGGGUACAAAGGCAGCACGAUUAGAAAGGAUCAGGAAAGACAGUGGGGCCAAGCUGGGAACUGGGGGAGUGGGGAAGUGGGGGAAGGAGUUGGGGGAGAGGGGGAAGAGAGAUUAGGAACUCGGAUUUGAGAUUGGGGAUUAGGAACCUGGGCUGUGAUUGGGGGAUUGGGCACCUGGCCUGGGAUUGGAGAUCUGAGCCUGUGAUUGGGAGACUGGGGGGCCAGGUCUGGGAUUGGGGGAUUAGGAACAUGGGUUUAUGAUUGGGAUUAGGAAACUGGGCCCGGGAUUGGAGGAUUGUGACAGAACAACAAAGGGCAGAGCCUAUGAUCAGAGGAUUAGGGAGCUACAUCUGUGAUUGAGGGGUUAGGGACGGGGCGGCUUGUGAUUGGGGGCCUCGGUCCUAAACCAAGCAGGGAGGGGAGUCUGGCCUGUGAUUGGGAGAUCGGGGAGGUGGGGCUGUCACUUGGAAGAUUGAGGCGGGGUAGGGAAGGUAGCUGGGCUUGUGAUUGGUCUCUCUGCGGGGAUGGCGGGGAGGCCGGAGUGUGAUUGGGCAAUGUCGAGGAGCGCCCGUGAUGGCUGAUUGGCCGAGAUCACGCCCCGUCCCCUUUCCUGUCCGCCUCCUCUGGUUCCAAAAUCUGUGGGGGUGAGUCUCUGUCAGCGUCUGGCGCACUCGGGAACAUCGGCCCGCGCGCGCGGUUGGAGGGGGAAUGAGGGCCCCGGACAGAGGGCUGAGCGCCGAGAUCGGGCGGCCAUUUGCGGGGCUCCCGGUGACCUUCAGGGACGUGGCCGUGGACUUCUCAUGGGAGGAGUGGAGACGCCUGAGCCCGGCCCAGAGGGCCCUGUACAGGGACGUGAUGCUGGAGACCUACGAGAACCUGGUGUCCGUGGGGCUUCCCGUGGCCAAGCCUGAGGUGAUCUGCCUGUUGGAGAGAGGGGCAGCACCGUGGACGCCCGCGGCUGGAGUCCCCCGAGGCCCCUGCCCAGAUUACCGGAGUUGGGAUGGUGGAUGUGAAACUGAGGAUUCGGUUCUGACUGAGGGCAUUUGCCCGAGAACAUUGGCCCAAGAAAAAUUGCCAGUGGAUAGGAACUGGUCUCCCAGGAUGGGAGACUCUGAAGAAUGGGAAUUUAGGUUAGAGAGACAGGAGGAGGGCCACCAGGAGAGACAGUGCCAGCAAGUGACAAUGACUCUUGAUAGUACGUUUGAUAUGGUGAACGUACCUGAAUGUGGUAGGUUUGUUAGACAUUUCGACAUGGAGCCGAUCUUUUUUCCACAAUGGAAAGGUGACAUGGAAGAAAGAUUCCAUAAAACAUUUGGAAAGAAAGCCUUUGGCAAGAGAUUAAAUCUUAAUGGACAUGAGAAAAUUCAUCCUGGAGAAAACUCUUUUGAGUGUGAUGUAUGUUGGAAAACCUUCUGGGAUAGGGAAGCGCUUAAUAAACAUCAGAGAACCCACACUGGAGUAAAAUUGUUUGAACUUAAUAAAUGUGAAAAAGGCUUCAGUGAUGUGGGAAUGCUUCUCGGGCAACAGAAACCUCCUCCUGGAGUGAAACCAUUUGAAUGUAGUGAAUGUGGGAAAUCACUGUCUUCAAGGAAAACCCUUACUUACCAUCAGAGAAUCCAUACUGGAGUGAAGCCCUUUGAAUGUGAUAUAUGUGGGAUAGGAUUUAUGCGAAAGGAAUAUUUGAUCAGCCAUCAGAGAAUUCACACUGGAGUCAAGCCAUUUCAGUGUAAAGAAUGCGGUAAAGCCUUCUUUCAGAAGGGAAAUCUCAAUAGCCACCAGAGAAUCCACACUGGAGUCAAACCCUUUGAAUGCAGUGAAUGUGGAAAAGCCUUCUUUCAGAAAGGAAACCUUAAUAGGCAUCAGAGAACUCACACUGGAGCGAAAAUCUUGGAGUGUAAUGAAUGUGGGAAAGCCUUAACCACGAGGAGAACGCUUAUCAGUCAUCAGAGAAUCCAUCCGGGUCUGAAACCUUUUGAUUGUAAAAUAUGUGGGAAAGCCUUCUUUCGGAGGGGCAACCUUUACCGCCAUCAGACGACUCACACUGGAGUGAAACCCUUUAAAUGUAACGAGUGUGGGAAAGCCUUCCGUCAGAAGGGCCAACUUCAUAGUCAUCAAGGAACUCACACCGGCGUGAAACCUUUUGAAUGUAGCGAAUGUGGGAAAGCCUUCUUCCGCAAGGCGCAUCUUAAUCGGCAUCAGAGAAUUCACACUGGAGUGAAGCCCUUUGAAUGUAAAGAGUGUGGGAAAGCCUUCAGUGAGAAGACCUACCUUAUUAACCAUGAGAGGACUCACACGGGGACGAAAUCUUUUGGAGUGUGAAGUUUGGAAGGAAUGCUUCGGGAGUCAUCAGAGAGUCCAUGUUGGCGUGAAAUCAUUUGGAAGUAACGAACGUGGGAAAAAGCCUUUGUCACAAUGCUCACCUUGUGGCCAACUACAGGAUCCCCAUCUUGAGUACAAUUAUGUUGACAAGCCUAGGAGAUCCCUCGUUGGAAUGGAAAGAAGGAUAACUCGUCCAGGAGAGCUCUCAAACUGGAAUGAAGCCCUUUGAGUGUGCCGUAGGGGGAAGCAUUCUUUUACCCACCAGAGAAUCCAUAUUGGAAUGCAACUCUUUAAAUAUAAUGAAUUGGGGAGGAACUUUCGAAUAUCAUCAGAAAACUCACAUUGGAGUCAAAAGUUUUGAAUGUAGUAAAUGUGGGAAAACCUUCAUUGACAGGGGAACAUUUAUUAAGCUUCAAAACUCUCAUGCUAAAGUGAAUUAAUGUAGGAGUACAUUUGGCUAGAGAGAAAACCUAAUAUGAGAAAAUUCAUGUUGGGAAAAACCUUUUUCAAGUAAAUAUGAAUUAUAUAAUUAUUUAAAUGUAACAAAUGAAUUGAAAUAUAAUCUCCUAUUAUUUGUAGUUUCUUGAGUAAAAAUGGUGUAACAUUAACUUGCACAAGAAAAGUGGUUCUCUUUCUUUCUGUCACCUUUUGAAAUCUGGGCAUGUUUUUGUGUGAUGAUGUCUUUUUUAUUUUCAUAGAAUGUGUAUUCUUACUCUGGUUUCAGCAGGUUGGAGGAAUAGAAAAUCGCAGCCAAAUCUGACCACAGAGUUAUCCUUAAAACUUGACUGGAUGAGACCCAUGGCAGCUUCUUAGCCCUAGAUGUGGGUAAAAAGGAGGCUGUGGGAGCAUCGUCCACCUGGGAACUAGAAGCUGGGGGAGAGGGGGAAGCAAGGUAGACCUGAAGGUCAUGGCAAAAGUGAAACAUAUGAACACUUUUGAACUCAGAGCCCACUUGGCCAGAAAGAGGAAAGAGAGGAAUGAUUUGGGGGAACAGUCUCCAUCCUGACACAGAGAGAUUGAAUCAGUGAAUCAAAAGGAAACUUACUUACAGUGUAGUCAGUGGACACAAAGUGAAAGGGAAAUGCUUUGCAAUCCAGGAGCUCUCGAUGUCUUUGCCAUUCCAUAAAGGGAGUGACCACAUGUCUAAGCACAACACUUAGGAGCCGGGGAGGUGGCAGUGCCUCCUGGUCUGAAGGGCACAGUGUCAUUGCAGAAGCAAGGCCAGGCUAGUUUCCAUUUCAUCCAAAGGAUUCUGGUUGGUGACUCCCUGACUGUCGGAGCUAAGUGGGCAGCAAUGUCCAUUGGGAAGAAAGAUCCCAAGAGUCAGUGUGUAGCAUUUGGCCCAGAGGCUCAUAAUAGUGAUAGGGGCUGCCAUUUUCUGGGGGCUCUCCCUGCUAAAACAGCAACUGAUAGCUUUCUGCUUGUCUUAAUCAUAACUCCAUCAUCCAAGACUCGAGAAGUCAACAAUGAGAUUCUCUUUUGGAGAUGGUUCCUACUCUAGGGAGAAACUGAAUGUGCAGGGUUCUUCAAAUGGUGUGUAAGCAACUGCUCCCUCUGAGACAGGACAUAUUACUAUCCCCAUUUUACUGAGCAGGAAACUGGCUGGGAAAGAUUAAUUGACAUGCCCUGAAUCAUUCACCUAGUAACAGAUUUCAGGUAAAAAUUGUACUCUAUGUUGUUUACUUAAAGGCCAGUACUCUACUGUUAAAAGAGAAAAAACAAAUUGUUGGUAUUAAAAAUGAAAAAAGUAGGUAUCACAAGAAAUUGAGAAUAAAGGAUGUUAUUAAAAAGUAAGUUUUGUCCAACUAAAUACAGAUUAAACCAAUAAAUUCACUUAAUGUUUUUAUAA